CCGCAUUACAGCCGCCUAACAGCAGGGCCGGUGUUGAGACUUCCUCGGGCCCAUCUGGAUGUGUGGACUGAGCCCUUUUUACUCAAGUUCCUGCAGCUUCAGAUAUGACCUGGAGCUUCUCUUCCCUGGUGAAUUCACACUGACCUGAUCAUUUCGGCUGCUCUGCGGAGAACGUCAGAGCCAUGUUGAAACCCCGUGGAUUUUGUAUUAUUGUCGUUCAGCUGCUUUUGGCAGCAGGAAUGGAUGCUGAUUGGAGUGUUCAAAGGACUCCAUUCAGCUUCAAUCUUGGAAACAGGCCAUAUCUUCAGAUGACUCCACCGUCGUUUGACCCACUACACUCUGAUCCUGGAGACACUGGACAGUGGCCAAGUGAUCUUUACAAUGACACCAAGUCCAAUCAAAAGAGUGCAGUCAAUGGUAGUGUAGGUUUGUGGUUUACAGAGCCCCUGAUGCCAUCUAUGUUGAAGAUGGGUAACCAACAGCAUAUGACCCUCAGCGAAGUUGAUACUAAACACAGCCACCAAACUAUAGUUAUUUUGGAAGAGGACCCUGCAGUGAUUGAGUCUGCCACUUACCUGUUUGAGAGGCAUCCCACUACAUCAACUUUGCUGAGGUACCAGAGAGGGGUGCUGCAUGUUCUCAAGGGAAGCCAAGUCUUAUCUACUAGAUAUCAUGAUGUUAUACUGGUUGGCCAUGGCAGCAAUGGUGCCAAUGGAGCAGCCCAGCUAGCUGGUUAUGGCCCAGAGGAGCUUGCCAAAUUUGUGGUAAAAAUUCAGAGCAUCUUUGGUCAUCUUGGCACCGUCAGCCUCGUCAGUUGCAAUAUUGGGAAUGAGUUGCACUUUGUGUUGCAGCUGCUACAAGUUCUCCGGUCUCUCAGUGUAGAAACAAAGCUGCACCUACACAACUCCUUCCUGUCCGUUAACUCUGACGGACAGAUAAUGACUAGGACCGGCGGAGUCUGGAGGUCCCAUGACAACAGCAAAAGAGUUAUUGCUGAACUGGACCAAAGAGGUAACCUGAUUACGAGAUCAGAGCUUGGCUGCGCAGGGCCAGUGUUUCCUUCUUAUAAAGGAAAUGUUUUGUAUCUUCAAACAUUGGAGUGGCCAAGCCACCCUCAAAUGUUUGUUCCAAUGGAGUUGCGCAAAAAGUACCCAUCUAUUGACUGUCUGGAGGGCCUUACUUGGAGCUUGUUCUUUGAGGAGAAUGAUAGAAGGCGUGCUCCUGAUUAUGUCCCAGACCUUGAUCAAAGACACCUGAAAGCAAUUUGGCUUACAGAGCCAGGACCAGAUGAAAACAAAAUUAUCUACAAGCAUAUCGUCAACAUUCAGGAUCUACUUGUAGAGAUACGAUACAAUGCCAGAGAAGAAGUCACAUCAGACCUUUACUACGUUCUCAAUGAUUGCAUUUACAGAGUAUACAGCAGAAAUCUUAGUGUUAGUCUGGUGGGCAAGUUCAUGAGCGGUGACAACAAAGCUGAAAUUGAAAAUUUCCGGCUAACUUUCAAUGAGGAUCAGCGCGAAACCUCGCUACAGGAGUUGAGACAGGGUCUUAAAGAUACCAAAUUCAAUGACUUCUGUCGGCAGACUUUCCAGUACCAGCAGUGCAACUACAACUGUGAGAGAUGGGGUCGUUACUUCAUGACAGCAGUGUUUUCGGCAUCUGUGCGUAACUUCAGAACCUUCUCGCUGUUCCUCAUGAGCGUCAUAGGUUGUGAAGUAGGCCGCUUACGGGGUAACGAGAGCCCCCUGUGCACAGCAUUUGUCGGAGCUGACCACCCCAUGGUGACUGACCAACCCUGGCCCGAUCGUCUGAAACGAGGAUUCUACGGCUGCACUGUCGACAACUAUGACAUGGCACCGCAGAACAAACAGUUAUGGUUAGAUCAGGUGGUAGCCAAGGAAAAUGACCUGUACAUCAAAGCGAAGCAGAUGAUGAACACCGUCGACCACGAUGAACAAACAGAGCUGGAUAUCUUCGGGAAGGUCAAAGUCAUGAAUAAGUAUGUGUUCUCAUCUUUUAUGGAGUCCUUUCGAGGUACACCUGAGGGAAAGAAACUCAAGAGGGGAUGUAAUCUGAAUUUCCAUGAGAAUUAUAAUCAAUAAUUCUGGUGAAAUGGAGUUAAUCUGAUUGUGUGUUCAUGGCUGUCUCUAGUGUUCUUCUAUGCAGAAAGGUCUGACAUGUUUUGCCUGAUGCUGAUAUGACAAUAUGCUAUAAAGUAGUGAAUAAGUUACUUGUAGGCUACUGCUCGGCUUACUGGCGCAGCGACACAUUUGAUAAUGCUUUAAUGGCUAGGAGAUUGGAAUUUAUCUUGAUAUGAUGUAAUACAUAACCACAAUAAAAUAUAACUGCCAUACUG